AGUACAUUCAUAUUAUCUUCGUCUCAUUUGUGUUAAGUUGCGUAUUGAGCACCGUUAUAUAUAAUAAUAAUUAAAUUAUCAUAGUAACUAAAAUAUCUAAUUGUUAAAAAUGGAAACUAUAUACUCAAAAGCUCUCUUAGAAGUUGGUGAUGAUGGAAAUUUUCAAAGAUCAUUUGAUAUAUUAUAUAACUUAGUAUUCAUAGGUUUAUGGAGUGUCGCUUAUGUAAAUAUAAUUUUAACUCUUGUGAUAAUUCCGUACAAUUGUGCACUUCCUGAGAAACCCGAUAAUAUCAGUGACUAUAACUGGAAGCUUAAAUAUAUACCCACAACAACCGGUGCAGCCGGUGAAAAUAAAUUUAGUAGCUGUUACAUAAACGUAGACUCUGAUACGAAUACAAGCAAUGAAACAAAAGAGUGUACCUCUUAUAGUUACGAUAGAACAUGGUAUAACUCCACUAUUCCAUCUGAACGAGAUUGGGUAUGUGAUAAAGAGAUAUACGUUGCUAAUGCAAUCGCAUAUAGCCGACUAGGAGAGGUAUUUGGCUCUCUAAUCUUUGGUUGGUUAGGGGAUAUAUAUGGACGUAAAUUUACAUACAUUUUAUCACUCGUUUUUUUGGUAGCUGGACGAUCAAUAUCCAUUUUUGGUGGAGACUCAUUUUCAGUAUUCUCUUUCGGAUGUAUAGUAGCUUCUUUUCCAUCAUGGGCUGCCUAUCAAAGUAUCACCGUUAUAUCACUAGAAAUAUGUUCUGCUGCUCGGAGAACAAGAGCAGUUACAAUAAGAGCCGCUGCAUGGACUAUAGGCCUAUGCUUAAUGCCAUUUUUAUACUGGUGGCUGCAAAACUGGAAGUGGUUCCUUAUUCUUACCACAAUACCGCAAGCUGGAUUUCUAUUAUUUUCCUGGAAAAUGAUUGAAUCUCCUCGAUGGCAUUGGGUUGAAGGAAAAAACGAGGCAUGUAUUAAGGUAUUGAAGCAAAUUGCAAAAAGCAAUGGAAAAACUCUUAGCGACAGGACAGAGCAGGAACUUUUAGCUUCUAAAGUAUCAAAAACAAAUAGUUCAACUGGGGUUUUAGCAUUGUUUUCGAAUAAAACAAUAGCCGUAAACACCAUGCUGGAGCUAAGUUCAUGGAUUUGUGUAACUUUAAGUUACACUGUACUUCUUAUAAGUGCUGGGGAAAAAACCGAUGGGAACCCUUUCUUGGAAUUCGCAUGGCAAACAGCGGCGGAGAUGCCGGGAAACUUUUUGGGUGCUUGGCUAUCGGAUAAAAUUGGCCGCCGACAUUCUGGUGUUCUAUCAUACGGAAUUAUGAGUUUUAUGUGGAUUUUAGUAACUCUAAGAUCAUACAGUUCAAGUAGUUCAUGGACGCAAGCGUGGUGGAUAGGAACGGGAUUAUUUAUGUUAAAUCGACUUUUCAUUAAUGUAACUUACUAUGUGGUGAGUUUAUUCAACAUGGAACUGUACCCAACGUGUCUCCGACAAACCGGCAUGUCAUUGUCCGGUGUCGUAGCAAGCUUGUCUUCAGCUCUAGGACCUUACAUCAUAUUUUUGGGACAUAGGGUGGGUCCGGUUAUACCAAGUUUAAUACUUACAGCGACAUCUCUUAUUGGUGUACUCAUAGUAUAUUUACUACCAGAGACUUUAAAUGCACGGUUGCCUGAAACCAUUGAGGAUGCCAAGAAAUUUAAGAGACGAAAACGGGAAGACGCAGAACUGACGAGCAUAAAAAUGAAUGGAAAGAAAGAUAGUUUAUUUACCGGAGGAGAGACGUUACUUUCCUCGCAUAGUUGAUGUAGUAGGUUAAACUUGUAAUAGCGAAUUAAAUAUAGUUAAGACAAUUUAAUAAAAGCAUUCCGAAAUUAAA